UUCACUUACUUAUUUUCUGUGUGUUCAAAUAAAGAUUAAUUCGGCAACUUUAGUAGUGACUUUAUCAAAAUCAAAUUUCUAAAACCCUAAUCCCAAAAAUCCCUAACACACACAAAUCACAAUCAAUCGACGCUAUGAACGUCGAUCACGAUCAACCACCUCACACCACCGCCACGGCCGCCGCCAAAGCACAUCAAGCCUUACACACCCUAACAGCUGGCCCACUCUCCUCAUCAGUCGCGAAACUCGCCGCUUCCUCACGCUGUAUUCCAUCUGAGAGAGACUUCUUCUUCUACCACAACUUCAAUGAAUUCAAGGUCCCUAUCGAUGAAAUCGCGCGUGAAUCACAGUCGAUGUUGGAAGCAAUCGGCGCCGCAGCUAAUGCGGCGUUUCCGUCUGACAUUGACGAUGGAUAUGACUGGCUUGUGAACGUGAACGACGAUGUUUUGGAGCGCUAUGAUGUUUCGGCGGACGAGUUUCGAAAGAUUCGGGAGGAGGAGGAAAAGACUGGGCGUGUGAACGAGGCUAUGAUGGUGGAUGAUGGAUUUGAGUUAGUUUGUGGAAAGAAGAAGAAAGGUGGGAGAGGGAAGGUUGUGGCGGGGGAUUCGAAAAUUCCGCUGGCGGAUCUUGUUAAGAUGGCGAUGAAGGAUAAGAGGACGAUGGGACCUAAGGCAAAGGUGCCGUUUCAUAUACCGACAAUUCCGAGGCCACAGGAUGAGUUUACUAUAAUUGUUAAUAAUGCUAACGUGCCCUUUGAGCAUGUUUGGUUGCAGAGGAGUGACGAUGGACAGAAGUUCAUUCAUCCAUUGGAAAAGCUCUCUGUUUUGGAUUUUGUUGAUAAAGAUCCUGGGAAUAUUGUGCCACAAAAACCUGCCUCAUUAGAAAGCACCCCUUUCAAGCUUGUAGAAGAAGUCAAAGAUUUGAAGGAGAUGGCUGCUAAGCUACGUUCUGUUAAUGAGUUUGCGGUUGAUUUGGAACAUAAUCAAUAUCGGUCUUUCCAAGGUUUGACUUGCCUCAUGCAAAUCUCAACAAGGGCUGAAGAUUUCGUUGUCGAUACUUUGAAACUUCGCGUUCAUAUUGGGCCCCAUCUAAGGGAAAUUUUCAAGGACUCUUCCAAGAGGAAGGUUAGUGGUACAGGAUUGCCUUUUCUUUUAACGCAGCAUAUGUUCCUUAUUCUGUUAACUGUAUUUAUGUUUAAACAGGUUAUGCAUGGUGCGGAUAAAGAUAUUUUGUGGCUUCAAAGAGACUUUGGCAUUUAUGUUUGUAAUUUGUUUGACACUGGCCAGGCUUCAAAAGUGUUAAAAUUGGAGAGAAAUAGUUUGGAGUAUCUUCUGCACCAUUUCUGUGAGGUUUCAGCAAACAAAGAAUAUCAAAAUGCUGAGUGGAGAUUGCGCCCUAUUCCUGAUGAGAUGUUAAGAUAUGCCAGAGAAGAUACACACUAUCUGCUGUAUAUAUAUGAUUCAAUGAGGAUUAACUUAACUUCCUUGCCAAAGGCACCUGAAAGUUCUGACUCUCCUCUGGUGGAGGUUUACAAGCGUAGUUAUAAUGUCUGCAUGCAGCUAUAUGAAAAAGAACUUCUGACAGAAAACUCCUACCUUCAUAUAUAUGGGUUGCAAGGGGCUGGUUUCAAUGCUCAACAGCUUGCCAUUGUUUCAGGGCUGUGUGAAUGGCGGGAUAUUGUUGCUCGUGCAGAGGAUGAGAGUACAGGAUACAUAUUGCCAAAUAAAUCUGUUCUUGAAAUUGCUAAGCAGAUGCCUGUCACUACAAGCAAGCUACGGCGAUUGCUGAAGUCAAAGCACCCAUAUGUUGAACACAAUCUUGAUACUGUUGUUGGCAUCAUUAGACAUUCAAUUCAGAAUGCUGAUGCUUUUGAAGCAACUGCUCAACAAUUGAAAGAAGGACAAGCCACCACUGUAUCGGAUGCAGUAGCUGUUACAGAUCAAACUGAAGAUCCCGUGAAGGAAUCUUUUCAGCAUCAAGAUACCGUGGUACAAAUAAAAUUGAAGCCCAAUAAUCUCACAUCUGAGCUCCCAAGGGAAAGCCUCACUAUUUCAGAGCAGACUAGGGAUGCAAAUGUUAAUGCAAUCUCUACAUUGAAGGAAAUUGGAGCAACUGUUCAGGUGCUUAAAAAGCCUGGCGGUGCUUUCGGGGCACUUCUGGGGAGCUCCACUUCAAAGAGGAAGCUUGGUCUUGAUAAAAAGGGCAAAGAAGAGAUCAAGCUAGAGCAAAUUAGAUCUUCAGUCACUCUACCUUUCCAUUCAUUUUUGGGUAGCAGUGAGACCUCAAAAGCUGUAGUAGAAACUCUUACUGUAGCACCAGACCAACAAAAACCUGUUUCUGAUCCAGUUUUCACCUCUGCGCCAGAAGAGAUUAUAAUGCUAGACACUGGUACAGGUGCAGAGGAGGAUAUAGAGCAGGAUAAUAAUUUAGAAAACUCCAAUGAUCACACAGAGAAAAAUUCUAGUGCCUCAACUUCGGAUGAGGACGAGCCAAGGUCUCUCUCGGAACUGUCAUCAAACUUUCAAAAGUGCUUUCAGGCAAACAAUCAAAAUAACAAAACCAGAAAGCCAAAGAAAACUGAACAAGCAAGUGGCUUAUUGCAGCUGACACCAUUUGACUACGAAGCAGCAAUGAACCAUGUUAAGUUUGGAGAAAGAAAGAAAGACCCAUCUACCCAGAACUGUGACAAUCGUGUGGAAAAAGAGGGCUCUGGUGGCAAGAAGAAGCGUUCGACAAUAGGAGAGGCACAAUCGAGUGAGCCUAAACAAUUUCAACAAGGUAGAAGGCGUCAAGCAUUUCCUGCUUCUGGGAAUCGCAGUGCAACUUUCCGUUGAGGCAAUUGAAUGAGAUGCUAUGUACAAAUUUAAUGGGAAAGACAAAUGUUGUACUUAGCAUAAUAUUCAUUCUAGUAUAGUUGCUUAUAUGAAAGAUGGAAAAAAAAUGCAGAAGCUAACAAAUGUAUAAGGUAAUCUCAGUUGUAACCUAGCAGUUUUGGAAAAUUCAAUUUUAUUCUUCAUUGAGUUUAUAUUUAAAUUUUGAAACUAAUUUUGAUCCA